GGGCUGCCAAAUGCGGCGAAUUGCUCUCCUGGCGCAGAUAGAGCGACGACGAGAGCGUUUGACGGGAUGCGCUGGUGACGUCGAAUGUGCCGAGUGAGCAACAAGAGGGCGACGAGACUGGUGCCUUAGGGUGGCUUCAAUUGCACUGAGGUGCGCUGAGUUGAGCUGAGCUGAAUUGUGCCGGAAUUGUGAUCACGGAGAGGAACGGGGAGGCAUUCGUGAGGCGAGGCGAGGCGAGGAUCAUGGCCGAGGUGCAAGACCGUCGUGCCGACUCGGUGUCAGACUCCGAAGACGUCGAUGAUGAGGAGGGAGUAACUCUUCUGGAGGUUGGAAAUGCCGCCUUCCGCAGUGAGAAAUAUGAUGAGGCCAUCAAGGUGUACUCGGAUGCAUUAGAGGUCCUGCCAUUUGACUUAGAGAAGCAUAGAGGACCUCUAAUGCUUGAACCCGUUCUGCUUAGCAAUCGCUGUGCUGCUUACUGCAAGCUAAGUGAGCGGCUUAGGAAGAUUCCUGCCGAGCUUUCAGAAGAAAGGGCCCUUUUUGGUCUGGAUCCAACAUCUCUUGUGCAGCUGGCUUUAAAGGAUGGGGAGAAAGCGAUCAAGCUGCGCAAAGACUGGCCCAAAGCCUAUCUGCGGAAGGGAACUGCAUUGGUUCUGUUGGAGCAGUAUGAAGGAGCACGAGAUGCAUUUUUGGAUGGUCUUCAAGUUGAUCCGAGAAGCACUUCUUUGCAAAAAGCGCUUCGUGACUUAAAUCGGGAGUUUGGAGGUCAGUUGGAGGAGGUUGAAAACUCACGACAGCAGAAGCGUGCAAAAGUCGUACGGUCGGAUGAGUUGGAUUGUACUCUGUGUCUGAAACUGCUGUAUAGCCCUAUAACAACACCUUGUGGCCAUUCCUUCUGUCGGGGUUGCCUCCUCCAAGCUAUGGACCAUGGAAACAAGUGCCCUAUGUGCAGAACAGUGCUAUUUGUCAGCCCCAAAACCUAUCCCGUCAGUGUUACUCUCAAUAACCUGAUACAACGCAACUUCCCUGAGGAAUACAAGGAGAGAAAAGACGAAAUGGAUGAAGUUUUACAACCAGGAAAAGAGAUAUUACCGCUUUUCGUGAUGGAUGUAGUACUACCUUGCGAGCGCAUGUCUCUGAACAUCUUCGAACCUCGGUACAGGCUGAUGGUUCGGCGAGUCAUGGAAGGGAACCAUCGAAUGGGCAUGGUUGGAGUUGAAGAAAGAGGUGUCUUAGCGGACAUAGGAUGUGAGGUGGAAAUCUGCGAGUGCCAGCCCUUACCUGAUGGACGGUUCUACUUAGAGGUUGAGGGACGUCGGCGCUUUAGCAUCACCAAAACAUGGGAGCAAGACGGAUAUCGAGUGGCUCAAGUGAAGUGGUUUGAAGAUACUCCUCUGGAAGAUGGUUCUAGAGAAAAAGAACAGCUGACCUCUUUGCUGAAAGGCGCAUCUACCCUAGCCAAGACAUGGCUUCAACGUGGGCUCGAUCUACAAACAUGUGAUCGACGAGCGGUCCAUGAUGUGGUGAAGCGAGCAGAAAGUAUGCCUGACUCAACUCAAGCUGAGGCGUUUAGCUUCUCGCUUGCGAACGUAUUAAUUAUAAGACCUCAAGAAAAGCUACAGCUGCUAAGGACAACCGACACCCGAGAGCGAUUGACUCGAGAGAUGCAACUUGUGCGCGACGCUCAGAGAUGUCAUGUCCAAUGACCUUUCUGAGCCAUUCAGUCGUCUGUAAUUUAUGUACUCACACGUUAUUAUUUCAAAGCAUCAUCCAAUCUGGAAAUCGCAUUUCCAUCCGAAUGGGUUUCCUGUUUGGAUGAGUUCAACUUGAUGGCUCUUCCCUUUCUUUUUGCUAUACUGCUUGGUUCCCCGAGUCGAACUUCAACAACUCGUUCUAUUGACAUCUGGCGAAGGUGGUUGGCGAUUACUGAAUGGCAAGGUCUUCUAGGAAGAAUAUUUUCUAAGCUGAUUCUGAAAAUCGUCUUUGUCGGGAGGAAUAGCCGUCCACUACAAAGCGUUUCUAGCUCUUGGGCUCACAUGAAUUAUUGGUGGGUAUUGGGCAUUUUAACGUAGGCCGGUAACCCUCCUUACAAACGAAGGGGAGAUAAGUGGACACCUGAUCUGUGAUGCAACCAGAUGGAUGUUCUAACAAUUGGAGUAAAUAAAGACCUGACAUUCACAGCUGUUGCUGAGUUCAUUUGUGAAAUCUUUCUUCUCCUCAUUGGACUUGAACUACUUGUUCACGAACCCACCCCCUUGCUUGAUUAACGCAUUAGAGGCAGUUGUAGCCUUCACGGCCGUCUGGGUGACGCGAGUUUGGGACAACGUCCCCAGCUCGCCUGCAGAUGUUGAACUCGUGCUUUCCAAACAAAUACACAC